AUGCGCUCUCUGCUCCCUUUCCUUUACCUGUUCUCGGUCUGUACAAAAGGAGCAGGGGCAUCGGACCUUAACAUGCCCUUCAUGGAGUACCUGGACCAGAACCAUAUGGUCUGCCUGAAAUGGGGCUUUGAUGACGUGCAAGGGGAAAUUACAUUCAAACUGGUGGUCAACACAACAGGCUGGGUGGGCUUUGGCUUUAGUACGAACGGAGGCAUGAAGGGGUCUGAUAUUGUCAUCGGGGGACUUGGACCCAGUGGAAGCUAUUUCAAAGAUUAUUAUGCCAUAAGUAACUCCAUGCCUUUGGUGGACGAGCAGCAGAGCUACAGUCUCCUGUCGGUGACUGAAACUGAAGGUCAAACCAUCAUGACUUUUCAGAGGUCCAUUCAGUCGUGUGACAACCAAGACUUCCAUAUCACUAAUCAACCCAUUAAACUGAUCUAUGCCUAUGGACUAACAGAUGACAUCGCUUACCAUCAGAGCCGUAGAGGCACCAAGGAAGUCAACCUGCUGAGCUACACUCCCAGAACGAUCGUAACCAACCCCAACUAUCUCAGUGCCUCAGUGCAAAACAUCACUGUCCCUUCCAAAAACACCUACUACCACUGCAAGGUCAUGAAGUUUCCAGCCAGUACAAAACGUCAUGUAUAUCGGAUUGAACCAGCGAUUGAGAACCUCGACAUCGUUCAUCACAUCCUGCUGUACCGCUGCCCCUCCUAUGUGACGGAACCAUACGACAAUCAGUGCUACAUGGGCAACAUAGGGGAUUCCUGCUUCGGGGUGGUGGCUGUAUGGGGAAUAGGAGGAGGGGCAUUUGAGCUUCCAGAAAAUGCGGGUAUUCCUUUCGGAGGUGAUGACAAUGAUAGGUUCUACAGGCUGGAAAUCCACUACAAUAAUCCAAACAACCAUUCAGGUAGGACAGACAGCUCAGGACUGAGACUGUACUAUGCAGACCAACUCCGACAGCAUGAUGUAGGCAUCAUGACCACAGGUGUGCUGCAAUUUGGCAAUUUGGAUUACAACAUCCCUCCAAAAGCCCCUCAAUUCCGCACCUACGGCGUGUGUAAUACCACUAUGUUUUAUAAGCUUGUGAAUCCUUUUCCUGAACUUGAAGUGUUUGCUGUGCUGAUGCACACUCAUUUGGCUGGAAGGAAAGUCAGAGUUGGUCACUACAGAAAUGGAAAGCAGAUCGACUUCUUGGGCUUGGAUGAAAAUUACAACUUUGAGUUGCAGCAGAGCUACAGUUUGGGAAACAUCAAGACCAUUAAGCCAGGUGAUGAGAUUGCAGUGGAGUGCACCUACAGCACUACCAGUCGCAGCAAAGUCACUAAGAUGGGGUUGGCAACUACUGAUGAGAUGUGCCUGGCCUUCAUACUCUACUAUCCUGCAAUCGAUAUCGACACAUGCAUCAGCCACCCAGAUACAACGCAUCCGUUCAUCGAUGCAAGCUACCAGAUGUCUGAGGAGACCACAACUUUAGACCCUGAUGAAAUUGUGGAGUAUGAGAGUUUGUUAAAGACUUUACCACAAAUUCAGUUAAUCACUGAUGACAAUGUAAUUAAUGAAAAUGGCAUAAUCAGGGAGAUGUUGAAGACACCGACUGUCACUUGUAAGAAUGUCAAUGCGUCAAGCCGACUCUGCACUUCUUGGAUUGUGAACCCAGCUGGAAUCAUGCUUUUCCUCCUCUGGAUUGCAAUAAUGUAACGUGGCUGUGUGAACAAUGGAUCAAAACCAGUGCAAUCUUGAUAAAGGGAGGCACAGUUGAAUCUCUAUUGUUUGUAUACCAUAUUCAUAUAG